AUGAAAAAAGCUGCUAAAACGGCAACAAAAAAGGCCGUUCAAAAAGCUGCUACUAAAACUGGUGAAUAUACUGGCGAAAAAGCCGGCGAUAAAAUUAUUCAAUUAUUAAGCAAAAAGAAUAAAAAGACACCGGUAGCAGCAUUACCAGCAGCGACAUCGCCAAUAGAAAAUCCACAAUCAAGAGAACUCACCGAUUACGAAAUUAAUGAGAGGGUGAAUCAAUUACUAUCUGGAGGCCAGAUGAGAAGAGUUAUGUAAUCUAUUACUAUAAUGAAAUCAUUUAGAGAUCCAAACUAUGUUGAACGAUAUGAAGAUGUUAUUUUUGACCUAGAAACAGCACUAAAUACAACUGUCGCCAAUAAUCGUCACCAAAAGAAAGAUGGCUACAGGUUUGUUGUUGAUAACAGUGGUGAGGUUACACAAUUUGACUGGUAUAAUGCUCGUAUCAGUCUUGAUUUUAAAGUAGUCUGGCUAAUGGUGGUAACAUUGCAGUGGCAGAUCAUAAUGGAAUUGUAA